UCACGCAGCGGCCUCGCUCCCACAGUAUGGCCGGCGACAUUAGCUAGCGCUCGCUCUACUCUCUCUAACGGGGAAACAGCGGACUACAAGAGACUGAGCUGUAUCUGCCUCUAUUUCCAACAGACUCACGUUCAACUUUCGCUCACAAAAAAAAAAAAAAAAAAAAAAAAAAAAAGCCGGGAAAAUUUUAUUAACCCUUUUUUUAAAAAAGUUAAUAUAAAAUUAUAGCAAAAAAGGAACCUGAACUUUAGUAACACAGCUGGAACAAUCCGCAGCGGCGGCGGCAGCGGCGGGAGAAGAGAUUUAAUUUAGUUGAUUUUCUGUGGUUGUUGGUUGUUCGCUAGUCUCACGGUGAUGGAAGCUGCACAUUUUUUCGAAGGGACCGAGAAGCUGCUGGAGGUUUGGUUCUCCAGGCAGCAACCCGACGCAAACCAAGGAUCUGGGGAUCUUCGCACCAUCCCAAGAUCCGAGUGGGACAUACUUUUGAAGGAUGUGCAAUGUUCAAUCAUAAGUGUGACAAAAACUGACAAGCAGGAAGCUUAUGUACUCAGUGAGAGUAGCAUGUUUGUCUCCAAGAGACGUUUCAUUUUGAAGACAUGUGGUACCACCCUCUUGCUGAAAGCACUGGUUCCCCUGUUGAAACUUGCUAGGGAUUACAGUGGGUUUGACUCAAUUCAAAGCUUCUUUUAUUCUCGUAAGAAUUUCAUGAAGCCUUCUCACCAAGGGUACCCACACCGGAAUUUCCAGGAAGAAAUAGAGUUUCUUAAUGCAAUUUUCCCAAAUGGAGCAGCAUAUUGUAUGGGACGCAUGAAUUCUGAUUGUUGGUACUUGUAUACUUUGGAUUUCCCAGAGAGUCGGGUAAUCAAUCAGCCAGAUCAAACCCUGGAAAUUCUGAUGAGUGAGCUUGACCCAGCAGUUAUGGACCAGUUCUACAUGAAAGAUGGUGUUACUGCAAAGGAUGUCACUCGUGAGAGUGGAAUUCGUGACCUGAUACCAGGUUCUGUCAUUGAUGCCACACUGUUCAACCCUUGUGGGUAUUCAAUGAAUGGAAUGAAAUCGGAUGGAACUUAUUGGACUAUUCACAUCACUCCAGAACCAGAAUUUUCUUAUGUUAGCUUUGAAACAAACUUAAGUCAGACCUCCUAUGAUGACCUGAUCAGGAAAGUUGUGGAAGUCUUCAAGCCAGGAAAAUUUGUGACCACCCUGUUUGUAAAUCAGAGUUCUAAAUGUCGCACAGUGCUUUCUUCGCCCCAGAAGAUUGAAGGUUUUAAACGUCUUGAUUGCCAGAGCGCUAUGUUCAAUGAUUACAAUUUUGUUUUUACCAGUUUUGCUAAGAAGCAGCAGCAACAGCAGAGUUGAUUAAGAAAAAUGAAGAAAAAACGCAAAAAGAGAACACACAUAGAAGAAGGUGGUGGCUGCUUUUUAGAUAUUGAUACCAAGGGCCAUGCUUUCCAUAACCACCACCUUGUAGUUACAGAAAGCCCUAGAUGUAAUGAUAGUGUAAUCAUUUUGAAUUGUAUGCAUUAUUAUAUCAAGGAGUUAGAUAUCUUGCAUGAAUGCUCUCUUCUGUGUUUAGGUAUCCUAUGCCACUCUUGCUGUGAAAUUGAAGUGCAUGUAGAAAAAACCUUUUACUAUAUGAAACUUUACAACACUUGUGAAAACAACUCAAUUUGGUUUAUGCACAGUGUAAUAUUUCUCCAGGUAUCCUCCAAAAUUCCCCACAGACAAGGCUUUCGUCCUCAUUAGGUGUUGGCCUCAGCCUAGCCAUCUGGGACUGUUCUAUUAAAUUGCUACCAGGAUUUUGCAUCCAGUUACCUCCACUUUCUAGAACAUAUUCUCUACUAAUGUUAUUGAAACCAAUUUCUACUUCAUACAGAUGUUUUUGCAGCACCAAUCAAAGUUCUUCUUCCACGAGUCGAGUCCUCUACAAAAAUGACUGCAGUUAUCCAUUUUGUGUAUUACUAUCUCACUGCUUCCUAUACUUGUGUGACUUUAAUUGAUUCAUUCCUCACCAUGGUGUCUCCCUCCCAACCACACCCCCUCCAUAAAGCAAUACACUGUUACACUGUGGGUUUACACUAACCUUAUACCCCAGAGGGGGAACGGGGGGGUGGACCCUGGGCUUAAUUUUCUUUUAAGGUCAAGGGAGUUUGGCAUUUUUCGUUACCAUGAGCUCUUUUGAAAUAAGCUGGUGUUGAUUAGCAAAGAAGGUGUAGAUUGAUACUAGGGAAUACUGGCAGAACUGUAUGGAACCUGUAUGCCAUUCUGUGCCCCCCAUUAAAUGAGAUUAGCUUCUCAUGGGUACCAUGCCUUUAUUAACUUGCUAAGUAGUAGUAUAAAAGAAUUAUCACUAAAUUUGUUAGCAAGGAGAUUUAAGAUAAAGGUUGUGUUGGAUUCAACAAGUCAAGUCAGCUCAGAUGAUUCACCUCAACUUUUACUUUCAUAGCCAUUUCCACUAAUUUCUAUUAAUGAUAUGCCAUAAACUUUCAUUCAAAGCAGAA